GUUUUUUUAAGAAAAUUAAAAUUUCCCCUUUGCUAAAUUGCUAUCCACUGAGAAAUGAUUGAAAAUGGCUUCAUCUCAACCGACAGUGAAUAUCGAGCAGCAAAUUUUGACUAUUAUUGGUUCUACUGUACCAAACGAAGCGAAGAAAACUUUAAUAGAGUACUGUUGUAAACAUUCACUUGAAAUAUUGGAGAAGGAAAGAUGUCAUGGUGUUUUGAAACUCGCCAUUGAAUGGAUCGUGUGUGAAUCUGAUGCGUUGUUGAUUGACAGUGGUCGACUGUUGUUGAAGACUUGGGCUCAGAAUAAAACAACAGUUUUAGUAUCAUUCUUUACUGAAUCUAUGUUAUUAACCCUGCUUAAAGCUGACAAUGCCGCACCGUCUCAUAUACUUUACGUCUUAAAUUGUGUUUUCCCAUAUUUGAAGACGUCGUCAAAAAUCUACCCACAAUUAUGUAAAAUUGUGUCUCAGGAAAUUAUAACAUGGCUAACACUAGACGAUAUACAGUUUUGUGGAAGUCUAGCCAUGUUUUUAAAGGAAAAUUCAGAAUGUUUACCAGAUGAUAAAGAUGAACUUUUAAAAACAAAUAUUCUGUCGAUUCAAUGUCUUGGCAAAACCAAAAUUCCUAACGCAUCCAAGGAUGAAAUGAUUGAAUUUUUCGAUAAAGUACAGGAUAUUUGCGAAUUACUGCAUAUGAUUUGGGAUAACGAUUCAUCUCAAGGUUUCAUAAUGAUGUCAGUCAAAGAAUGCUUUGAAAUAUUGUCAAAUCCUAGCUACCAGAGUACAGUAGCUUUAACAAGUCUUACUAAUUAUAUACCAGAUCAUAUCAUUAACUCUCUGAUAUAUGAUGUCACUAUUUCAACCACUAUAACAGACAAUGACAUUUUCUGUGGGUUAUCAAAAAUGAUGCAGUGGCUUGUAUGGCCAAAAAAGACAAAAGUUGCAAUGUGGCUUUUGACAUUUUUUAAAUGUUUAGUAAAAGUUGGGAAGAAAAAUGUUCUACAACGGCUUAUUCAUGAACGAAUAUUACAAGUGAGUGGAAUACCGUAUUUACUCAUUUAAGAGCCACCCCCAAUUGAGUGCCGCAUAUAAGAGCAAAAUUAUCAAAGUGCGACGCCCUCUAAUAAGCGCCACACUUUAUUCACAACAAUGCAGCACUUACUUUUACUCGCAUCGUCUGAAAAAUUGUUUGCUAUGCUCAACCAUGGAAAGAAAUCACUAACACUGAAAAUUUAAAGAGCACCAUGGUCCUUAAACUAGUAAAUGAUUGACAAUGUACCCUGGUGUGCCAUACUGUAUUAUUUUACUCUGUCUAAUGCCUGAAAUUUUACUAAUCAAAGCCAGGUCUGGACUGCCACUCGAUAGGUUAAUGAAAAAUUAAGGUUUCAAGACCUAUUCAUAAAAGUUGCGAUAUAAUCUUGAACGGUUUCUACCAGUGUAGGUAGUGCCAAUAAUAACAAAAGUUUUGUUGGUAGAGAUGCAACUACCUGACAAAUACAAGGAGAAAUUUGACAUUUCAAGUGAAGGCCCUUCAUCAGGGGUAGCCGGGGUUGGGAAAAUUACACAAGGGGGGGGAGGACAUUGGGAUUUACAGUAUGGCGAUAUUAGCUUAUUUUUCUUACGGUAUUUCGGUAUUUUCCUUGAAAAAUUGCGGUAUUAUGAUAUUGGAAAUCUUGUGGUACACAGUAUUUGCAAUUUUGGAUUCAAAAACUGCGGUUAUUGACAAAAUUUGCUUGCAGUAUUACGGUAUUGAAUACCGAAUAUAAAAGCGAUUGUGAGACAAAAAAUAAACCUAUAAUGACGAUGAACUAGUCACAUACACUCGUGAAUCAUUUUAAAAUGUACGUUUAGUACACUGUGUAAGUUUAGUGUACUGUAGUACCCAAAUAUCCUAAAUAUUAUAUCUAGAAAACCUUAUGUGAAAAUUCAGCUGAUUUUGUUAUAAAUUUCAGGUCUUCAGUAGAGUCUUUAUGCCUGUAAUCCGUGAAAGCAACUUUGUAGUUCUGGUUAACAUGCUAAUGUACUGCUUGGAUUCACCUGUAGCCUUCCACCAGGUAGGAGCUAUAUUAAAAAAUAACAAGAGUGUACUCCAUAAAAGAUCUUUAGGUGUAUUUACCAUUUGUAUACUGUAGAUUUAGGCGUAUUUUACAUGUAUUUACCAUUUGUAUAGAUUAUAUAAAUUCUGUGAAGAAUAGCUAUAAAAAUUGAAUGGUUUUAUGGUUUUCGUCAUUUAAUUAUAUUCUGUACUGUGUGUCAUGUAUCUAAGAAGUCAAACCUUCCAUUCUUUUCUUAGAUUAUUCCAUUUGUUCCAAAUCUCAUGGAUCGUUUACGAAAUGAAAAGAAAGAGCAAUCCAAUAACUAUUUAACUCCAUUGGGAGAAUUAAUGUAUACACUAAUGUACAGAUUUUCUAAUACUUCUGAGGUGGUUUAUGCACCUCUUUUACUCGCUUUGAAGGUAAGUAUCUGAGUACCGGUUUAAACACAUGUCAGUUGAAGGGAUUUUGUAGAUGGAUGGAUGUACUAGCUUCUGUACGACUAUUUCAAGUAAAAAUAUGACAAACCCUAUUACAUCAUUUUUAACCUGAAAAGAAGACUGGGCAGUGGGGCCGGUUGUUCAAAGCUGGGUUAGCUUAACCCUAGCCUAGGUUAAGUUUGGUUAACCUAAAAUUCAAAGCAAACUUCCAGACAGCUUGUCUAUGAAUUUGGAGAUAUUUCUUCAGAGAUCUUGUUUAUUUUAUAAGGGAGUGGUCAUUAUAUUUAUGGGGAGGGGGGGUUGGGAAAUGGGAGGGGGGCAAACAAAGUUUUACCCUUAUAAAUAGGGGGGGUCAAAAAAGUUUUAGCACAGAGAAGGGGGGGGGGUCAUAAAAGUUUUUGAACUUAAAUACCAUGUCUAGAGUUCUGAUUUCUAUAAUCACAAAUAGCAAAAAAGAAGACUCUGAAAAUGCUAUUUCCAAUGAUCUAGAGACUCAAAAUUUUCAAAAUUUCCCUGCUCGGCACUAACCAUGGUAGCGCCACAUGAUUGUGGAAGUCGGGCCCACUAAGUUUAACAAGCUUUCUACCCCCUGAGUGACCCAGUUGUGGUAUUUUCAUAAACAUACCAUGCAAGUACACUUAACUGAUCAGAUUCAGUCUAUCAACGCACAAUGUAACACUGUAUAUCCAAAAAUCUGUUUCAGUAAAUGCUCACAUUUCAGUUCUAGGGGUGGAAAAAUACAAAAAUUUUCUGGGGGAGAAUACCCCCAGACUCCCCUACUAGUACAUAUGAUACCACACCAAACUUUUUGUCACCAACAACCAUCUGUCAUCUCUCCACACUCAAUAUAGUAUGGUUUCUUUUUGUAGAUGCCCACCCCCCAGACAAGCCAGACAAGUUCUUAAAAAAACCCUGUGUUCAAAUCAUUUCGCUGUAUGAAGAUGGGUCAUGGGUUAGGGUUAUGGUAGGACAAAUGUUGCAUUGCAAAGUAGUAACACAUAAUAUAUAUUUUUUAAUCAUAUAUGGUUGAAUCAUAUUCACCAGGGUAAAACAUCAUGAGCUAGAUUAAACAGAUGUCCUAAUAUCUAACUUUACCUGCAACGCACACCUGUUUCGUUGCUGUUAAUUUUUCAAUCGACACGGGGGGGGUCAGAAAAGUUUCUACUUUUAUGAGGGGGGAGGCACAAAAAGUUUACCUUCAGUCUGGAGCGGGGGGGGGGGUCAAAAAAGUUUUCAAUCCUUAUUUUCCCCAUUUCCCAACCCCCCCCCCCAUAACUAAUGACCACUCCCUUAUUUAUUUAUUAUGCUUUGCCAAUUUCACACAAUCAUAUCUACACAAAUACAAACACAAGAAUAUACAAACUAUCAAUCAAUCAAUCAAUGCCAGGGUAUAUGCUACAGCUUUACGCCAAUUAUAGCAGCCCUUACAGAACGAACAUGACACAUUCUACAUUAGAUCUUUAGUAAUAUAAAAGGCCAGUUUGCACUCAGGAAAACCCUCCGCAGGAUAGUAACGGAAGGAAAGUUACAGUACAUAGUGCUAAAGUCAUUAGUUCCAACACCGUCCGCUCCUGCGGAAAAUUUUCCUGAGUGGAAAUUAGCCAACAAUGAAGCUAACAAGACCAACACAGGGACACACAUUAGAAUUAACAACAACACGAAUUUGAACAAGACAAAUUACGGGACUUGUUACAAGACAAACAUGCAGACUUCCAUGUUCUAGGAUUUUCCGCGUCGUAAAUGUUCAGAGCCGAUUUGUAAUAUUCAUAGAGAUCGCUUUUGAAACGACCUAAGCUUAUGUUCUUUGUUGUCAACUCUUUUGGCAGAACAUUCCAUACUCUCGCACACCUGGAUAUAAACGAUCUCUGGAAUGUUGCAGUCCUACACUUCGGUGUGGUGAACUUCAAACAGUCGGGGUCAGCUGAACGCGUUGCUCGAACGCGUUGCUUCUCCGAACGCGUUACUUCUCUGAAGUUUUGAAAUAAACAGAUGUGCAGAAAUACACAAAAUAAAGCAGCAGGUUAAAUUUUAACCCAGGGUUGGCGCUAACUCAACAUUGAACAACCGGCCCCUGAACCUUAAAUAGACAAUAUCAGGUGUCCGGUCCGACAUCUGACUGGAUAAAGAAAUGAUCUCACUACCCAGGCUAGCUGGAUAUAAUAUCCGGUGCAUCCCACUUGAACGUUUCAUGCAAAGGCUAAUUUUGAAAAUGUUGUUUAUUGCCAUCUGCACUGUAGAUGUAGACUGUGAUAUUUCCAAAUACUAUGUUGUAGGGUAUUCCCAAACCAACAGUGGACAUGAUGAACAAGUGGUUACAGUCUGUCAACAGUGGUUUUGCAAGUGAAGAACCUAAGAGAGCUUUCAUCUUCACACCAGAAAUGUUGAAUUUAACUAAGAACAAGAACAAGACUGGAUUGGUGAAUUUAGGAAAUACAUGUUACAUGAAUAGUAUCUUGCAAUGUCUCUUUAUGCUUGAUGUGUAAGUAUACCACAACUGUAAAUGUACACAUGACAGUGAGACAAUCUCAUUCCCAGGAUUCGUAUUUCCCUUGCAACUCUGUAAUCCAAGCUCUUUCUCAGAUCCUACAGUAGUACUGAGAUUAAAGUAUAUACCUUUCCUAGUGUACCUUAGCUGGAUUUCCACUUGCAAGAAAAAUUUCGCUAAAUUUCUUUUGAAUUGUGUCACAAUUCAAGGGAAAUCAAGCGAAACAUUUUGACGACGAAAUAUUUGUGGAAAUCCAAUAAUCAUGAAAAUUGAAUUAAUCAUUAAAGUUUUGAUAAAUAGUCGAUGCUGCCAUACGUUUUCGUCACAGGUUGUGCAUGUUUUGCCUUGAAACAUAUGUUAGAUGUAUGACGCAUUACCUACUAACAAUUCUGUCGCAUUUUUUUAAUGGGCAAACAUACUGAUGAUUCAUAACAAGUCAUUUCCCAGAGAAAUUGUGAUUGGGAAAUUUUGACAACAAAGAUAAUAAAGAUUGUUAAACACAUCUUUGCCAAAUGUUCAACUUAGAUAUAUAAUUUCCAAAAUAUUAAAAUAUAUUACUGUAAAUUUACAAGUCAUUUUCAUUUUAGGUUUCGAAAUGCAUUGUUCUCAAGAGUUGCGUCACUAACAAGACAUCCUGUUAUGUACAGUUUGCAAGACGUUUUCACAUUUUUACUUAUGUCCAAGGUAAAUUAUAGAAAUGCAUAAAAAAUUCCUUGUUACGUUUUUUAUAAGUAUUGUCGCGGGAGUAUAGGUACUGUAGUGGGAGAAACCCAUGCGGCUUCUAUAGUGUAACUGCAAAGUUGAUCUCCUGACAAAAAUUAUUUAGGUUUAUAUAAAAAAAACCAGAAAAUUGCAAGAUGUAGACUGUGAGAAUCUGCAAUAAGAACAAAGUAGUGGAGUAUUUAAAAAAGGAAAAACCUGCACAUGAUAACGAACGCCACGAAGUUCUGUAGUUGAUUAUAACAAUUUUAAAAACUCAAUAAUUCAUUAGAAAAGACAAAGGAAUCAUACCGUGUCGGUGGUUUUAUAUGUGAUAACAAAUCAUGUUAAUUAAUUGACAUAAACUUUAGAUAUGAUUUUCUCGGCUUAGACAAAAAAAUUAAAAAUUACUUUAAAAUUACUUCGCCAAUGAACUCAUAAGAUGGGUCGUUUUCUAACCCUUAAGCCAUUUAAACACUCACAGUCCGUGUUUUAUCAGAUAGCUAUAAGACAUUCGGCUGUCGCCUCAUGAUUUAUAUCUAAUAAACCACUCCUGCUCGUGUUUUAAAUAGUACAGUACGUAACACGAUAAAACUACAGAAUAAGAUUUCUAAAGAACGAGGCACAAACAGUGAUCACCUCAACCUCGUACCCAGGCUUUUUCCUUGAUCACUUUGGUUUCGUAUUUACCGCAUGAAAAGAGUAAUAAAGAGGUAAAUGUCGAGCACAAGUGAGCGCAAUCUGUAUACCAUUUCGCGCUGAUACAUUUUUUCUAUAUUUAGCGUGAUGCUAUAGCACCUGAGAACUUUGUUCGACAUUCUCGUCCUCCGUGGUUUCCCGCCAGAACGCAACAAGACUGUUGUGAAUUUGUUCAUUAUUUAAUGGAUAAGUUAGAGGAAGAAGAUAAAGCUUUGUUACAAGGUGGCACAGAAACACCUUCAGCGAUUACAAACAUUGUUGAAGAACAUUUUAAAGGCGUUCUCUGUGUUACAUAUAAAUGCAUGAGUUGUGGAAAUGAAUCAAGGCACAAAGAAGACUUCACGGAUAUAUUGCUAGCAUUCCCAGAAGUCGUUCCUCCUCAAACUGAAAAGCCUAAGUCCAAAGGAUUUUCAAGGGAGGAAGAAAAUCCCAAAAGUUUGAAAGGUGGAGAUCAAGUUAGAAAUUUUCAAGAAAGCAGGUACAAAGAAGGAUCCUUUGAAACUUCAAAAGAAAGUGUCUCCAAUGUUCAAACAACACCCAAAGCAUCAACGAAUGAUUCAACCACAGUAAAGCAUGAUCUCGGACAACGUUCCACGUUCACCAUUCAAGAAAUGCUUGAUUAUUUCAUGAAACCUGAAGAACUGUCAGGAAACAACCAAUAUUUUUGUGAUCAAUGUCGCGCUAAUGUUGAUGGAGAACGCCGUGUGCAGGUGGCGAAGUUACCAAACUUUCUCAUGCUUUCUUUGAAACGCUUUAGUUUUGAUGUCAAGAGUCAGACAAAACCAAAAUUAUUACAUGUUGUUGAGUAUCCUGAAGAACUAACUUUCUGUAGUGUCGGCGAAAGUAUCAUGUUAGACUCAAAGAAUUCCUGUGCAGAUGAAGACGUGAUUGAUGGAGGAGAUGGACAAGCUAUGGAUAUGUCAUGUUCACUACAUUCAUAUAAACUAUGUUCUGUAGUUGUUCAUUCAGGGCAUACUUGUGAAGCUGGUCAUUAUUAUAGUUACGCCUUGGAUACUCCAAGAAAGACGGAAGAUGCAACAAAACUUCAAUGGUAUUGCUUUAAUGAUGAAAAUACUCAUGAAACGUCCUACAAAGAUUUCCUGGAAAGAGAGAAGAGCAGUGUUUCGGACACAACGUAUAUUGUGAUCUAUAUGAAUGAUGACUUGGGAAUUGAUCAAACUUCUGAACAGUGUGAAGCUCCAGCCGACAUGAUUGAGAGAGUUAAACAAGAUAAUCUCAAGUUUCUGCAGGUAAAAUAAUAAAGUUCUAAACGAUCUUAAAUAAUUAUAACAAAAUAUAUACGAUCCUGUACCUAUUAAACAGAGGAUUCCAGGUAUGUCACUCGACUGAACUAAUGUUGAAGAUGGAAGUUUCCAGUGUAAGUUUUUAUACAUUUAUUAAGAUCUAACCAAGGGCAGCUGCGAAAAAUGCAACUAUAGGCCUUCUUGCGGGAAUCAAACCUGCGAUUCCUGUGCAGCGUUCUAACCAACUUUCCUCAGCCCACUUCGUGUCUUAUUGGAGAGCAGCGUAUAGCAUUUUUGCAGCACUGAGUUAUAUAUUUACAUAUUUAAUAAUACUAUACGUUGCUCUCCAAUAAGACACGGGGUUAUGCUGUUUUCAUAAAAAAUGUUUUUCAUGAAAAAACACUCAGAAUGCUUCCUUUUGCAUGUGUUAUAAAUACCUAUGCAUGAUUCAUUAAUUAAUGAAUUUGCUGUCCAAUAACUGCCAUCUUCAAUUUUUUCAGGAACGAUCACGUUCUACAGUGCAACAGCGUGAUGCUGGCCAAAGUCACAAUAAUGAUAAAGAUGACGGAUCUCCACCACCAGGGAGUUGUGGUUCUAAUGGUUCGAACUUUGCAAUUCCUGGGAAUAGAUUCAUUUUCUAGAAAUAUAUCUCCUAAAAUAUAAAUUUACGUAAAAACUAAGGACCAUGAAAAAAAAACUCAUGAUGAAUUAGUAUGUGUAGACUGUGGUUCAGUUUAGUGGGACAUGGAUAGUUACAGUAAAUAUAAUUAGCCUUUUCUCACAAUGACGAAUAAUCUGCCAUUUUUGGGUUAACCAAUGCAGACAAUUAAAACAAUGUGAAAAGCAAUUUUUCAAAAUAAACUAACCUUUUACAAAGCAAAUUUACCAUCAUUCGUCCAAAAAAUGAUAAAAAAGUCGCUGUUAUGUGGACAUUUUCUUGCAGACUUCGGCUGAAAAGCCACCCAAAAAUGGCGGCGUGAGAAAGGCUAAUUAAUGCCAAUUUUAUGGCGAAAGUAUAUGUUAUAUGUCAAGUGUUUGAAGGGUCUACCUGAAAUAAAUAAAAACUAUGCAGUCUCGUUUUCGUG